UGCUUUACACUGUAAGCGUAAGCAUAACCUCUAUAAAAAGAAAUCCCUGUAGCGCUGUAUUUUUAUUUGGUUGGAUUUUGGAUUUUACUUAAAUGUAUUAACAAGUUUAGCAUAUUGUAAUUUUCCUAUUUUCUAAAUCAUGUCCAAAGCUGCUGCAAGAUUGAAAUCGGUCAAAAAGGCCGUUACCGACAAAGUAAUUCAUGGAAAAAUGCGUACCAAUAUCCCUGCUGGUCUGGCGGCUGCAGGGCCCCCACUUGGCCCCAUGUUGGGACAGAGGGGAGUAAAUAUAGCAGCUUUUUGCAAAGACUUCAAUGAAAAAACCAAAGAAAUCAAAGAAGGAAUCCCUUUACCAGUACGAAUGACUGUAAAUGCUGACAGGACUUUUGCUUUAACAAUUCAUCAGCCUCCAGCAGUUUUUUUCCUCAAACAAGCCGCAGGAAUUGAAAGGGCGGCAAUGGAAUCAGGAAAAGAAAUUGCUGGAAAAGUUACCCUGAAACACAUUUACGAAAUUGCAAAGAUAAAAGGGGUGGAUCCGCCUUUACAAACAUUAUCUAUGGAAGAUGUAUGUAAAAUGUUAGUGGGAGUUGCGAGAUCCUGUGGAAUUGAAGUAGUUCGAGAUUUAGAUUCUAAAGAAUAUGCUGAAUUUCUCAAAGAAAGAGCUGUAAUAGUUGAACAACAAAAGAAAGAAUUGCAAGAAAAGAAAGAAGCUAAAAUGUUAAGAACAGGUUAAUUUGUUUUUCUUCUGGUUCGUAGUUAUUUAAAUAUAUAAGUUAUAGAUCUAUUUAUUAGUAGUAUUAAAAUUAUAAUUAUUAAGUAACCAUUUAGAUUCCAUUUGCCGGUUCCAUUGCACAAAAGAGUUUUACAAAAACACAAAGUCCUAUUUUGUGUCUUUACACAGCCACUUUUCAAACUAAUUUUUUUAUCCUUUGUGCAACCUCUUUGAGUAUAUCUCUUGCUAUUGUUAGGUUGAAUAAUGUCCAAAUAACAAAACGAAUUCCUAUUCAACGGACACAGAAACACUUUUUCAAUUUGAUCUUCGAAUUUGGAAAAUCUAAAAGUGCUCACAUCACAUGUUGGGGUUAAGUCUGUGUAAGAUGAUUUGCAUUGGUAGCAGACAAGGCUUUUUGCUUGCUCAACAUCAGGAUUGAAAAGUUUUUCUGCUUCUUCUCGAUAACCUUGGUGAGUUAUUUUUGUCAGGCAUAAUAAUAAGACUAAUUGAAACCGAAUGUUGGAAAUUUUGUGUUAAUAUAGACUUAGACAUGCCAGGAAAUUAGUUUUGUCAUUAACCAAUAUAAGGCUAAUUUUUGAUUGAUGUCAGUAUAAUGGCUUUUAACAGGUGGUUAACAUAAGGGGAUUGCUCCCACAAAAAUUUUAUUUGGGGGUGCUGCUGAGGAUAUUGUAAAGUGCAGUAUAGCCCGGUCACCUAAAAUAGUAUUUUUUUUAAUAAGAAUUGUUUGUUUAAUUUUCAAAUAGUGCAUUAUGAAGUGAAUGUUUCAGCGGAAAUCUUCAAUUGAAAAAUUACAAAUUAAAAUUGUACUGAAAAUACUUUUUAUUUGCAACUGAGCUAUAAUGUACUUUUUCCCCUAAAUAAAUAUGCAGUAUAACCCAGUCACCUAAAGAGUUUUUUAUUUAAUUAAGAAAAUGCAGAUUAACUCAAACUAAUCCUUACUAACCCUUCCGUCGUCCGUAUAGUGCAAGCUAAAGUUCAUUCCACGAAACGAGAUAGUAGAGGUAAACAAAUAGGCGGAGCUUAAAAAUUCAGAGAAGGACUGCAAAAAUAUGAAUUACAACUAAUAACAUUUAUUAUUGUCAGGUUGUCAUAUGAGUCAAUAAGUUUAAUGUCGUAUUUCCUAGUAUUUUACAAUCAUUUAAAUAGUGUUUGGUGAAUUUUUGUUAAUAAGUGAGCAAUUUAGAUUAAAACAAUAUCAAGUUCAACAGAUUCUGCUGAAGAAUUCGUUCAAAUCGUUCAGAAAUAUAUUCAAAGAACAGAAAUACCUACAAAACAACCUAAGACGGUCCUGCCUGGGGCGGAGUAUAAUCCUUUUCUAGCCAAUUAAAUUCGACUUACCUGUCAAAGUUUGUUUACUUUCACUAUCUCGUUUCGUGAAAUGAACUUUGGUCUGCAUAAGUAAAAUACUGUUUAUUUGUAACCGUCCUAUUGGACUAUCCAAGAUGCUGUCAAACUUAAAUAAAAAUGUCCGCCAAGA